AUGCAGAACGACUCGAUCCUCGUGGCAUCUGAGACGAAAACAUUCCGCAGCAGUGAAGAACAAACCACGGGCCACGAACCAGGACGACAACUCACAAAGCUUGGACCCGGCGUUGCCAACUCCAUCUUCGAUUCUGAUGGACGAUCAUGGAGAAGGCGGAAAUUUUCUCUGCUCCACGUCGGCGCACACGUACCGCAUGUCUUGGCACAGCUGGCCACAGCGGCAGAUGGGAGAUGGUUGAUGGAUCGUGGCCCUCUGUCUCCCGUCUAG